AUGAGGGCAUCCAUCGUUAUCGCAUUCCUCGUCUCGCUCACGAUCCCUCUCCUUAGCAGCGCCAUCUCGGUUGGCGAUGUGAUGGGCAGGUCUCUGGCGGCCUACCCGCGCCAAAACACCAAGCGAGACGACGUAUCAGACAUACUGACCGCCAUCGAGGACCUCUCCGAGUGCUCCGCGUGCCAGGCUCUGCUCCUAGUCCUCCAAGCACUGGCCCACCUUGGCAACGACGCCUUCUCCGGCGUCAUCAUCGAUGUGUGCCAGGCCUUGGGCGUCGAGGACAAAGAUGUCUGCGCCGGAGCGAUUGGUCUGGAGGGCCCGAUCCUGGCACACGACCUCCGCAACAUGAACAUCCCGAGCAAGACCUCUGAGCUGUUCUGCAUGACCAUCUUUGGUCUGUGCCAGUGGCCCGAGGUCGACACUUCCUACUCGGUGUCCAUGUCCGAGAAGCCGGCCAACGCCACCCGCCCAGAGCCAAGCGGGGAGACGCCCCUCAAGGUGGUGCACAUCAGCGACAUCCACGAACCAGGAGCCACGGACUAUCCCGCCGGGCCCUACGGCAACUCCGAGUGCGACAGCCCAGUCAGCCUGGAGGAGAGCCUUUAUGAGGCCAUCCAGGAUCUCGUGCCUGAAAGGGCAUUCACAAUCUUCACAGGCGACGUGGUCGAGGGGGCCGUCUGGCUCGUGACAGACGAAGAGGUGACGGACGACCUGAACGACGCGUACGGCCGCAUGAAAGGGAUCGGCCAGACGUACGCCGUCAUCGGCAACCACGACAGCAGCCCGGUGAACUCGUUCCCGCCCGCGAGCAUCGACACCACCAUCAGCACUCAGUGGGCAUACGAUGCCCUUUCGUCCGGCAUCCAGGGGUGGAUCGGCAGUGCAGCGGCCGCGCAGGUGUCGAGCAACUUUGGGAGUUACUCGGUCCUUGCCGCGGGCCACCCGGGCCUGCGUGUCAUCUCGAUGAAUACCAACUUCUGGUACAGGCAGAACUUCUGGCUGUACGAGAAGACCAUGGAGCAUGACCCGAGCGGCAUGCUAGCCUGGCUGGCCGCCGAGCUGGAGGCCGCCGAGGCGGCGGGCGAGAGGGUCUGGCUCCUGGGACACAUGCCCCUGGGCGCCGGGGACGCCUUCCACGACCAGAGCCACUACUUUGACAGCAUUGUACAACGCUUCGCCAGCACCAUCGCGGGGGUGUUCUAUGGCCACACGCACAAGGAUGAGUUCGAGGUCGCGUACAGCGACUACUCGGCGCAGUCGGCCGCCACGGCCACAAUGGCAAGCUACAUCGCCCCCGCCCUCACGCCCACGUCCGGGAACCCCACGUUCCGCGUGUACGACGUCGACCCGGUCACCUUCGGGGUGCUGGACUAUACCGUGUACUAUGCGAACCUGUCCAGCCCGGCGUACCAGACGGACGGGCCCGCCUGGGAGGUGCUGUACAGCGUCAAGGAGGCAUACGGAAGCCUCCUUGGCUACACCGAUGCUGCUACAGAACUGACGCCUGCCUUCUGGCACAACCUGACCGAGCUGUUCGAGCGUGACGACGGCGUCUUUCAGGACUACUACGCUCGCAAGACUCGUGACUCCGGCUCGGCUGCCUGCACUGGGGACUGCAAGACCAGGGAGAUCUGUGAGUUGAGGGCUGCCGAGUCGCAGUUUAAUUGCGGCACUGUCAGCCCUGGCAUCAACCUGAGGAGGAGCAAGGCCAGGCGUGAUGUUGACGGUGGAGAUGUCGUCGAUGCCCAUGGGGCUCACGAGUGCGAGUCUUCCAGCGUGGUGCCUGUCAUGACGAGCAUAUUCUCGGCCGAUAAUGGGCUGGGUGCUCUUAGGGAUGCGCUGGUCAACGUGGCUGGUCCUGGAUUUCUGAACACCACUGUCAAUGGCACAUUAGCGUAA